AUGACAUUGGUGAAUGUGAUAUGGGAAGCAUUUAGGGUUGUCACUGCUGCUGUUGUUGUUGUGGAAGGAGAUGAAGAAGAAAGUAUUUCAAAAAAGGUUGAAGAGCAGCUACAGAGGGCUAAAAUGAAAGAGAGAGAUGUGAAAAUGAAGGUGGAAGAGAAGACCCUCCCUGCUACACUCCAUCACCAAACAACCAAAAAAGCGGAUUGGAACAAAUUUUUAAAGACGAUGAAAAGGAAGAAGUGGAAAUCGAAAAGGAAUGAAGGUGAAAGCCGCUUCUUACAGGUGCGCACACAUACACAUGCACCGCUUUCUUCGUUUAAUGUCACUAUCGACCAAAAGAUGAUGUUUUUGAUGAAAAUUUUUAUUAAUAGUGGAGAUUGCGGUAAACCUGGAGUUGGUGACAGUUAUCAUAAGAAAAUGCUAUAA